AAGUUUAUUUUAGGGUUCGUUGCCCUUUCCUUAAGCCCACUACCAAGUACCAGCCACCUUCAUCUCCAUUCCCCAUCCCUCCAUCUCUUUCAUCUCGCAUUUCUCCUCUCGCAUAUCCUCUUUUGUUCCCUCUUCUUCCAUCUCUUCGAUCUCCACCGCCACGCCGGCCAAUAUCAAUCAUCUCCUCUUCUUCCAUCUCUCAGGACACUUCCCAAUAUCAAUCCUUCCCAACAUCAAUCCCAAAUCAAACUAGCACAAGGCAUGAACUUGAAGAAAUGAAAAAUUGAAAGAUCAUAAAAUUUCAAUCUUACGAACUUGAAGAGGAAAGGGGAAAAACUCUAGCAGGCGUAGGAGAGCUGACUACGGAGGCAGGCGAGAGUUUCCUUGGUUUUGAAUAUCAUCGCAUGCUGUUGGACAACUGUAAUAUAUUGUUGGUCACAUUUCCAAUGGUGCUUGUUCAAAUGCCCUGUGGGAAAAAGAAAAAAAUGGGUUUGAGCCAAAUUAGAUUUUUUAGAAGGAACAUUAUUGUCAGUAGCAAAGAUCUAAUACAACUGACGUCGGUACGAUCAUUUGCUGCCGGGGGAAAAUCAAAGAAGGGAUCUAAAGGGGGUGCAGCUGCUGAUGCUCCUAAAGCAUCAAUUCUAAGUAAAGAGGUGAAGUCUACGACUGUAGUUGGUGCCAAUAUUCUCAAGGAAGGUGCAGAUCCAAAAAUUAUGGCAGACUCAGAAUACCCUGCUUGGCUGUGGCAUUUGCUUGAUAAGCAUCCACCUCUAAGUGAAUUACGAAGGAAGAAUGCUGAAAGUCUUCCUUAUGCAGAUCUCAGACGCUUUGUUAAAUUGGAUACUCGAGCAAGGAUCAAGGAAAACAAUUCUAUUAAGGCCAAGUAACAAUAUAGUAGAGGCAGACUUUGUUUUUGUUUCUUUUGUGAAUGUAAUGCAACUCUUUGUCAAACUUUGUAUCAAUGUGCAAGUCCCGACUUGCAUUCUCUCCCUUUUAGUUACUGUCUGUUUUCCAAGUCCAUUUUAAUGUACUAAUUUCAGAUGAAAUUCGACAAGUUCGGCUUAAUUUGAAAGCCAAUCUUGUUAUAUUUCUUUUGCUUUUGCAGUAAAAAUGAGAGUUGGAGAGUUAAGUCAA